AUGGCUGCUCUUCUCGGCACUGCCAUCACUCUUGACCCCAAAGAGGAAGAGUAUGCUUUUCCAACAAAAGAUGGAAGCACGUACAAGGUCAAAAUUAUGAGCAUGCGUGUCCCAGAAUUGAAGAAACUCUGUGGUGAUGUUGGACAGCCCCGCAGUGGGACCAAGAUAGUUCUGCAAGAGCGGCUAAAGACAUUCAGUAUGGAUACGGAGUUGUGGAAACUGCUACAGCCUGGGGCGAGACGUCCACACAAGGGGAGCCGAAGCCACGAAAAAACCACAAAUGAGAAUUCUCCAAAGAAGAAGAGUGCAUACGUGAAACGUCGCGAAGCACUUUUCGGUGACGCAGAAAUGGCUGGUUUUGUCCAACGGUCCAAGGAUUUGCGCACCGAGCAGGAAAAGAAAGAGACACUUGACUGGGCUGCUCAGAUGUCCAAAGAGUUCGAGGACUUUCAACACCCGCGAGCGGCCGUUCGAGAGAAGAAGAUUGAGGCUCAGCUUGAUACCCUCCUGGAGCUUAUACGUUGUAACUCGACCGCUCAGAUUCCCAUGCGUCCGUUGGCUCAUUCACUCCCCUCCCUGCCUUCUACAUCCUCUGGCCAAGCUGGUGCUUCCACGGCGCUUGGUCACCGGCUAAUAGUUCCUCUGCCACAAUCUGAUACCGAGUCAAUUUCUGUAGCACCUGCACCUCCCAUUGAACCGGCGCUGGUGCCCGUUAGUUCAACAAAUGUUUCUGUACCACCUCAUCAGCCUCUGCCGGAACCUCCCUUGUCAUUGAUGUCAGAACCUACUCGAGCUUCUGGCCCUUCCCGGGUCAUUGUACUUGCUGAUGGUACACGUAUUACAUUUGUUUCUUCUGAUGUACCGGACCCUAUCCUUGUCUCAUUUUCGGAUGACAUUGCCAAAUUAGUUCGGAUGUGGGAUGAGGCCGCUCUUGGCUACCAAGCUGAUGAAUGUUAUCUGAAGAUCAAGGGUUAUGGUAUUCCUCUCCGAUUGUGGGAGCAAGCAUACAAGUACAGCGGAGAUGGACGUUGGAAGGGAACAAAGGACAAGUGGUGUAAAUGGAAGUUCAUUGUCGAAGCUUACAACCUACUGGGCAAAGAAGCAUUUUGGCAAAAGUAUCACGAUCCUAAAACUGACAAACCAAUGAGUUACACUGCUAUUGUUGAAGCUCUUCGAAGUGAACGGAAAGUGAACGAUGCACUUGUUACUGUCCGGCUUCAGGAACAACUGGGUGAUAAGUUCAAGAACAGCUUUGGCUAUCGAGGUCAACAGCUUGUCAGGGCGUCUGCUAUUGCGAAGAGGAGCCGUACAAUGAAGGAUACUCAGACUUGA